AUCUCACUCAAACUUGAACUAAACAAAACAACUCGUACGAAGAGCUAGCUAAGUGAUCACGAUGAAGCCCAUCGACAACAAGAAGAAGGACACGGUGACAAUCAGAGCGGUGAGCCACAACGAGGAGGGCCGGAAGAUAGUGGAGAAGGCGGAGCUCAACACCCACAACGUCGACACCAUCAAGUACGUGGAGAAGAAGCUCAUAGACAAGGGAGUGCUGGGCCAGGACCGCCACCCCAUCGACGGAAUCGGCAUCGGGAAGCCCCCGCCGAAGUCUGGCCACGGCGGGAAGUACACGUGGGAGGGGCCCGGCGACGCGGCGGAGUACGAGAUGGAACCGGUUCCGGCGGCCAUAGACAAGGGGGACCCCAACUAUGUGGAUGAGGAGGUGGAGGACAAGAUUGUUAAGGGGAAGGAGGCUGAGGUGUCGGGGCUGGUGGUGGGGGAGGUAGAGGUGGCGAAGGCAGCGGAGAACAGGGAAGGGGUGGCAAGAGUUGAGGUUGAUCCACGCCUCAACGCUCAUACUUAGGUGACUUAGAUGAUGUUAGGUUUGAAGGUUCAUGUAAUUUUCUGAUGGGACUGGAAAGUGGAAACUGGAAAUUGAGAAAAAAUAAUGUGCCCAGUUCUUGUCUAUAUUUCAAUGUGUGUACGUACUCGAGGCUUCAGUUUUUCAAUUAUAGCUCGAUCGUGAAUAAUGUGAUGUUCUCAUUGUUUUGUAUUUUCCAUG